AUGACCCGCCCCCCAGCUGGCGUGAGCUUCGCGCAAUUCUUUCCUAACGCCCCCAGGGUCAGAGCAGAAGCCCAGGCCCAGUCUCAGGGCCGCCCGGAUCGAGACCGCCCCAAGCGCGCCGCCAUCGCAGCUCCCGCCUCGUCGUCUGGCGAGACUUUCGCUGCGGCUGAUCCUCCUCCGCCUCCUCCGCCGCCUCCUCCUCCUCCUCCCGCUGCCUCGCUGGAUGCCGACGUGGCGACGGCGACUGCCCUCACCCGGCCUUUGUCGGAUGCCCCUCGCUCCCACGUCGACGACAACGAUUCUCCUCCAGGCGAGAUCCCCAGCACCGUCGGCUCCGCAAGCUCUGCUUCGUCCAUCUUCAGCAGCUCGAUACGGGCAUCUACGGCGGCUCCCCCGUCUCAACUUUCGACGAGCGCCACCCCCCACACUUCCAGGGACUCGCUCUCCCGCUCCCCUGCCCCGGCAGCAAAGCACGGCAUGCCUGCAUCUCGCUCGGCCGACUUGUACCAGCAAGCCUCCUCUCCACGUAUCCGACCCACAGACAACAGUGGCUCAUCGACAAACGCCCGCCCCCCGCCGGCUGAGCGCGUCCCGGCUCGAGAUCCCGGGCCGUCCGUCAAAGGCCUCAAAUGCACGUAUGACCCGAUCCUCGAUCGAGCGCGCAACAAGGGCGUGAGCAAGAAUGCCAAGCCCGUCUACAAAGAGUUUGGUCUGGACGAUGACGCCCCCCCUUCAGAUCCGCGGCUCGCAAAGGCAGGCGGCCGCCUCGGCUACAUCAACACCGACUACUAUCUCCCCAAGUCCCGCCUGCGCCAUGCUCUGGAGAAUCUCAAGCCGUAUGCCUACGACACAAAGACCUCGAUUGGCCCCGGCCCGCCGACGCAAGUUGUCGUGACGCGGUAUAACCCGCUCGCCCCGUUCAACAAGGUCACGGCCAUUUUCGCAACGUUUGGUGAGAUUGCCGAGAGCAGCAACAAGAUGCACCCGGACACGGGAAGCUACCUGGGCUUUGCCACCAUUCGAUACCGAGACUCCAAUCGCCCGGGACGCCCGCCCGUCCUCGCCGUCGACGCCGCCCGCCGUGCCGUCAGAUCACGCGGCAUCAAGGUUGACGCCGACGUAGUCAAGGUGGAAUACGAUGCCGAAGGUCGCAAAAGCCGGCGCAUGCUCGAAGAGCACCUGAGGAAAGAAAAGGAGAAGCACGACAGACAGAAGCAGGCGCGGGCCGCACCCGCCACGCUCAAGCCCCCCCCAACCGGUCCCAAAUCCUCAUCCGCACCCGCAAAUCCCCUGGGGUUCGUACGCCCCCCUCCAACUGCCCCCAAAGGCCCGGCCGCACAAAGACAGCAGGCCGCCCUGGGAACGCCGCACAUGGCCCCGGCCGUGCCAUCACGCCCGCAGGGCGCUGUCGAGCCACCCAACGUCGCAUCUCAGCUGGCCGAUCUUCCCUACAUCUUCGUCACCGCGGAUAGUGUCCCGGUGUUGCCGAGCAUCAUACCUCACAUGAAGAAGCGGCUGAAAAACUACGGAUUCGACGACAUCAGGCUGGAUAGGACUGGCUUUUACAUUGUCUUUCGAAACUCCUCCACCGGCAAAGCAGAGGCAGAGCGGUGCUUCCGCGCCGUCAAUCAUACCGAGUUCUUCACUUACGACAUGGCGAUGCAACUAUGUCUGCCCCGGCCCGCUCGGGACGAGGAGUCGCUGCGAAGGCGCCGCGAGGGAGAGGCAGACUUAGAAGAGGAGAAGAAGCAGCGGGUCGCCGCGCCCUGCCUCUCCGACUUUCUCAAUCCCGCCAACCACGCUGCGAAGAGGCGCAAACUCAACCUUGACCAGCCCGAGGACGAAGAGGACCUUACCUUCGACGAUGGUAGCUCGAGAGUGGGCACACCAAACUCGCGCACCGAUCCCAUCGAGCGGCGCACCGGCCGGUUCGAACCAAAGGCGUUGCCCCGGAUACGCAAGACAAAGGCAAAGGGCCAGGCGCAUCGCAAUGCCUUUGUCGACCCCUUUUCUCGAAAGCGGCCGUCGGCAGCCCGCACCGCGUUCCGAUCGUUGCAUCAUCGCCUUAAGAGCCUAGACAGCGACUUUGAGUCUGACGAUGAGACGGAUGCCGGGGCUCUGGCGGUCCGCGACACCGAGGAGCCCGAGUCGCGACCGCGCAGUCGUCUGAGCACCGACGAUGAGGCCUUCAAAGACGACCUAGGAUCUUGGGGCCGCCAGGAAGACGACUCCAUGACAGAAGUCAGCCUUACUGUUAAUGAUGGACCGCCCUCGAGGAAGAGGAAGCUGGAGUCGCCGAACGGGGCUGCCCUAAAGCGUCUGAAGAAGUCCGACGAGGAGCUUUUCGGCGUCAAGAUCAACCACAUUGACGGCGAGGCCGAUGGGCGUGGUCCGUCUGAAGAUGUUAGCCUCGACGUCGAUGUCGCCGACAGCAGUCUGUCGCGCUCCGAGACCCCCGUCUCCCAGGCGGCCAAGGGCACGAAGAAGAAGCCGUUGAAGCAGAGGAAGAAGACGAAGAAGCAGAUUUUCGAGGAGCAAGAGGCUCUAAAGCGCCAGCAAGAAACUGACACACAGCAAGAAGACGGCGAGGCCACGCCGGCGCCCUCCAAGCCCUCCAAGCCCUCCAAGCCCUCCAAGGCAGAGGCGCCACCGCCCGAGCCUACGGUGGAGAAACACGACGAGAAGCUCUUCGCCACGGAGCCCUUGACGGCCGCCUUGACUCUUCCAGAUGGCUUCCGCCCAGACCUUGGCCCGCUGCUCAGCCUGGCUCUUGGGCCAAGCGACGCGCCCGACGUGUCGAAGCUCGGGAGAAGGUUUUCCGCCGCGGAUCUGGGCAACCCUGAGCUGUGGCUGUGGAGACGAAACCGCAUCAGGCGGCUCAACGCGCCUGACGGCAAGACGGAGCAGCCCGUGUCCAUUGACGGCUACUACGUGCCAAACGCGACGGGCUGCGCGCGGACCGAAGGCGUCAAGAAGAUACUCAACUCUGAGAAAUCAAAGUACCUGCCGCACCACAUCAAGGUGCAGAAGGCGAGGGAAGAGCGCGAGGCGCGCUUCAAGAAGAACGGCAAGGACGCGAGUGCGGCGGCGUCGGAGGCGGCGAAGCUGGCGGCGGAGAAGCUCAUCGCCAAAGGCAACUCGCGGGCCAACCGGGCGAGCAACCGGCGGUACGUGGCGGACCUCAACGACCAGAAGAAGACGCUGGGGCAAGACUCGGACGUGUUCAAGUUCAACCAGCUCAAGAAGCGGAAGAAGCCCGUCAAGUUUGCGCGGUCGGCCAUUCACAACUGGGGCCUGUACGCCAUGGAGAACAUUGGCAAGGACGACAUGAUUAUCGAGUACGUGGGCGAGGAGGUGCGGCAGCAGAUUGCCGAGAUCCGCGAGAAACGCUACCUCAAGAGCGGCAUCGGGAGCAGCUACCUGUUCCGCAUCGACGAUGACACGGUUGUCGACGCGACCAAGAAGGGGGGCAUUGCGCGAUUCAUCAACCACAGCUGCAUGCCCAACUGCACGGCUAAGAUUAUCAAGGUCGAGGGCAGCAAGCGAAUCGUCAUCUAUGCCCUCCGCGACAUUGCCCUAAACGAGGAGUUGACGUACGACUACAAGUUUGAGCGUGAGAUUGGCAGCCUGGACCGCAUCCCGUGUCUCUGCGGCACCGCGGCAUGCAAAGGCUUCCUUAAUUAA